GACUCGGAGUCGGGGCCGCGCGGGAGCGACCUGCGUGCGCGCUCGGGCCUGUGACCCGCUCGGGGAUGGACAGCGGCUCCGUGGCGGCCGAGCGGCCGAGGCGCACACCGAGUCGCCAGCGGCUCCCGUCCUCCGGCUGCGGAGUUCCGGCGCGCCCGGGCGUCUCCACGCUGCCCGGUGGACGAAGCUGGCUGAGGCCUCGCGGACGGGCGGCCCGCGCGUCUCCGCUGUUGUUCCUCCUGCUCGUGCCCUCCCCGCGCCUGGCCGCCACCGCCACUGCCACCGCCCCGCGUAGGACGCUGGCUGAGCGCUCGCGCCCGGGGCUCGUUCUCCCCGCGGCCGCGCUCGGCGCCGGCAGGAACGCGCUGGGCCGUCUGCGGCUGGGCGCCCGGCGUGUGGCCGCGCUUGCGAGCAGCCGGAGAGAGCUCAGCCUGUCUGCUAAGUGCCAUCAGCUGGAGCACAGAAAAGAGAACUUGCCCCUCUCUGUGAGCCGGCAGCUCUACUUUGACACCCACGCUCUGGUGUGCUUACUUGAAGCAAAUGGGUUUACCAUUCAACAAGCAGAAAUCAUUGUGUCUGCACUGGUCAAGAUCACAGAGACCAACAUGAACAUCAUCUACAAAGACAUGGUCAGCAAGAUGCAGCAGGAAAUCGCUCUCCAGCAGGUAUUAUCUAAGAUUGCUAACGUGAAAAAAGAUAUGGUCAUCUUGGAGAAGAGUGAGUUUUCAGCCCUCAGAGCAGAAAAUGAGAAAAUAAAACUUGAACUGCACCAGUUAAAGCAACAAGUGAUGGAUGAAGUGACCAAAGUCCGGACAGAUACCAAAUUAAACUUCAAUCUAGAAAAAAGCAGAGUAAAAGAACUGUACUCGCUGAACGAGAAGAAGAUGCUGGAACUGAGGACUGAAAUAGUGUCGCUGCAUGCCCAGCAAGACAGAGCCCUGACUCAGACAGACCGGAAGAUAGAGACGGAGGUGGCUGGCCUCAAGACGAUGCUGGAGGCGCACAAGCUUGAUACAAUCAAAUACUUAGCGGGGUCUGUGUUUACGUGCCUAACAGUGGCUCUGGGAUUUUAUCGCCUGUGGAUAUAAUAAAGUGUCUAUUUAAAGACAUUUUCAUUGUUUUGCCAUAAGAGUACCAGAUUGUUAUACCACCCACCCAACUCCCCCCUUUUUUAUUCUUGUUUCAAGUUUUAAUCCUAAUUCGACUUCAUGCAUAUUAUUUAUUUCUGUGCAAACUGUGGAUCCGUAACCAAGGUGAAGAAAGUUGGGAUUUCUGUGAUCGUUCUCCGGAGCAGCUCUGUUUAGUUGGCUUUUUGGCUGAGCCGUGUGGAUGGACCACACUUUCAAGACUCCUUUCAGGCGAACCUGCAGCAUUUGACAAGAAAUAAAUGUACUCUCUACAGCUUUAAGCAGUUUGUAAGGUGGAGAGCGUGGGAAGGCAUGUGGAAAACAAGGUAGCUUUAAGUCUAAAGAAUCCUUGGCAUCAGCCCAGAGCCCUUCUGUGCCUGACCAGCAGCCGUUCCCCACGCAGUCUUGCCUCUGCUGCAGCAGCUGCAGUGUUAAUGAUGCAGGACUCGCCACACCUUAGGGGCCUUUGUCUCUGGGUUCCCAUUGUCUUAGUAACAUUGUUAAUGUGCCUUGCAACUGGGAGUCUAGGUACCUAAUGAAACUUUGUGACUUUAGCACAAGUUCUCUUACUGCUGCCACACCUGCCUUUCUGGUUUUGAGACAAGGUCUUGCUUUGUAGGCCAGGUUGGCUUUGAACUCACUAUCCGGCUUCAACACCACCGUGCCCAGCCUCUACCUUUCCGAAUGCUAGCCUUCCCUCUCCCUCUUCUUCCUCUUCCUUCCCUUCCUGAUGUGGGAGUCUAACACCACACUCCUGGCAUUAUCUACCUAGAAAUCUUGUAAUUCUUGGAAUGAAACCCUGCUUCAGUGUGUGGUUUGGAGUGAACUUCCUUCUGGUGUCCACCUGCUUUGCCUAAGAUGACACGCGGCACUUCGCUCCUAUGGGCUAUCUAGACAGUGUGCACGCAUUUAGAAUAAGUACACUUUUCCCUGUGAGCGGCUCAGGUUGUCACUUGCCCAGUGAGAGAGCCCCAGUGCUUGGCAGUGCCCCCCUGUGCAUUGACUUCUUCUGUGGUAGCAGACACCCCCACAGCCGCCUCAGCUCUCCAUCGGAAACAGAUAGGUCCUGGAGCAGCUGCAGUUAUUUUGGAGAAGUGCGUUCUCUUUUCCUCUUUAAAUUGCUGGCACUCGGAUGAGAGUGAGCAUUUGGGAAGCAGUGACACUGGGGGACCCUUCCUGGCUUGCCCCACACAGGCACAAAUGCACAAGCUGGUGCACAUAGUGCAGAAACCACAAGAGACCGCGCCAUCGGAUUGGUGGAAUAAAUCAGCCCUUGUCACUGUUCCAAGCACACUGCUAAAAAUAAAAGCUACCUUUUGUUCCUUGGCUGUAAUUUCCAAGUUUGAGAAACCAUUAAGUUCUUGCCUCAUUAGAAAACAUUUGCGUAAAAAGAUUCUGAGCCCCACAUAUUAUGGAAAUCGAGUGCUUUUGUAUUAGAACAGUAUCACGGUGAAACAGAAGUUUAUCCUUUCCAAGAAGACAAAAAAAAAAAAAAAAAGUCUUAACCACAGUUGACUGCUUGAUGUCAGAGAAAGGGCUCAAAGCCCACAUACUCUUAAUAAAGACCAACUCCUGGGAGGAAAGAGCGCCGUGUGCAGUUAUGUUUUACAAUAAGGGCUAACCUGGGUAGGUUAAAAACAGGGGAUACCUUUCACCGUGUCCUGAUAAGUAUUCUUUAAGAAACACAUCCUUAUGUCUGCUUGAAGUGCUCUACACCACAGCAGGCUAUGUGUGAUUUUGUUCUAGCAUUCUUUGUAGCACCCUAAUCGUGUUUGGCCUUAGAAAACGAUGUCACUGAGGGUGUGGGUGGUGUGCAUAUCUGAAGUUUAAGAGAGUCUAAGACUCUGUCCCCUUUAUUUCCUAAUAAAGUUGGAAAGAAUUGAUCUAUAAAUGUACAUGUCCCCGCUGUCGCUGCCAUAGACAUACAUGAAUGGUGAGGAUAGUGUGACCAGACACUGUACUGAACCUCCAUGAAGCUGCGGAGCUCUUAGGAGGGACCUGGCAGGUUUCCAGGCAGCAGCCUUGAGUCCAGCCUGUGGGGACCUUUGCAAUAGCUGUACAGGGUAAGAGUCCAGUGGGUGGACUUCCUUCACUGUCAUCAUACCUAAACUGUUCCUCUGCCUUCCUGCUAGGCAUUGCAUUUUCUGUCCCCUCUUUUUUUUCUUGUGGUACUUGCUGGGGAUCAAACCCACUGGCACAAAUGUUCUGUCAUCUUGCCUCAGCCUCCCAAGUGCUGGGAUUACAAGCAUUAGCACGGCAGCACAAAGCUCCCUCUGGCUUUUUUAAAAGAGCCUUAAGCCCAGUUUCACUCCUUGCCUGCAUACUUUUGCUAAACUCCUUUGGGGCUUUUUACUGGAGACACUUGCUUUGAUUUUCGGUAUUGCUUUUAGUCUCCUGGCUGCUUUUCUUGCUUAGUAUCUGGCAACACGAUUUUCCCUUCAAGUAUGCCAAGCAAGUCAGUUAGAACGCCACAGUCAAGAAGAAAGGCCUGACUCGAGGCGGGUGUCUUGCUGGAGUCUGUCUCUGAACGCUUUAAGCACCAAGAUUCUGGGGGCAGCAAGCCUGGCCUGGGUGGGCCUGUGCUGUGCCUUGGUACCAUCUUCCCUCGAUUUUCCUUGACCCUCCUUCCCAAGCUGAUACGGCAAGUACUUUGCUUCCCCAGCCCUGUGUGCUGUGUGCCAGGACUGGCAGAGCCUACCCUAGAGAACUUGGGACUUCAAGGUGACCAAGUUGUUACAGCUUUUAUAGCACUAAAGAAUAAAAGCGGGUUAACCAGGAAUAAUUUAUUCUAUAUGUAUGUAAGAUCUUUGAGAAUGUUUAGCCCGGUUGAAAUUGUAUUCAGGAAAUAUCUUUUUACAGAUUUGUACUUAACAUUCCUUCAGUGAUAAUCCAGAUAAUUUUGUAAUCCUUUUAUUGCUUCAGCAAGUAUGCAGUUGUAUUUUAUCAUUGUAUAGAGUGAAUCUAUUUUAUUAUCUAAGAUAACAGAUUCGUGUUUGUGUGGCUAAUGCGCCUUUCCUGUGGUUCAGGAGGAAUGUAUGAAGCUAGACCAUACCUUCUAUCUUGAACAACAGUAUUGAAGCUGUUAAUUCUACCCAUUGUAAAAUGAUACCAUUCUAUUGCCUCGGGUAAAUGACAAAUAAAUUUAAUACCUAAAAAAAAUUUGUAUUUACAGAGAAAAUAUAUUUGAAAAUGAAUGUCUGAUUUUCAAAAUAAAUUUUAUUUGAAAGAA